AUGAUACUUAAAUCCGCUUUUCUUUUUUCUUUUUUUGUUAGUAGUUGGCAGCCUCGUGGAAACUAUCAACUCUUUCUAGAAUUUAUGAGAGAAGGCAAUGCAAAUUUAAUAAUCAGUGCUCAAAAAUUUUUUCAACUUCUGACUUUUCUCAACUUAUUUCUUUUUCCUCCAUUUAAAUGUUUCUCGUUUUUUGUUCGUUUGUUAUAUUUUGCUUUACCUUCUUUCUUUCGUCUUUCUCUCUUUCUUUCUUUCUUUCUUGCUUGCUUUUUUCUUCCUUUUUAUUUACGUUCUUCUUCCUGUCCUCAUAAUUUUUCUUUCUUUCUUUCUUUAUUUAUUUCUUUCUUUCUUGCUUUUUUCUUUCCUUCUUUCUUUCUUUCUAGCUUGCUUGCUUUUUCUUCUUUUUUAUUUAAGUUCUUCUUUCUGUUCUCAUAUUUCUUUCGUACUUUCUUUCUGUGCUCAUUUGAGCAUUUUUUUUUUAUUUUUUAUCAUGCUCAUUUUUUUCUCUUCUAUUUCUGUAUAUAUACACAUUUUGAUGCCCUAAUACUUUUUUCUUUCUUUCAAAUUUUUCGUUAUUCCCUAUCUAUCUAUCUAUCUAUCUAUCUAUCUAUCGCCAUCAUUCUUUCUCUAUCCCUAUCUCCGUCUAUUUAUUAA